GGGGGCUUGUAUAGCGAACGUCUUGCCUAUCCUUACCUAACCCGCGGUGGUCCGGGAGGGCCACGGCUUUUGGAGAUCGCGCCCCGAACGUAUUUGUUUCGAAGACGGUGUUUUUCUCGGAUGUUCCUCGAUGAGGAUGAGCUUCGAUAUCGCCUCGACGGAUGUGACAUCAUCCCCCACUGGGACCCGUGUCUUGCGGGCAACAGGAGGUUGUACAGACACUUGAUCAAGCUGCUCCAUUCGAAGGGCAUGCUGGUGUACCUCGAGGAGUUGGCGCGCGGCGAGGACGUCGGAGUCUUCCUCGUGGCCAAGAAGAGCGACCAGCUCCGCCUCACUGUGGACGCGCGAAGGAGCAACCUCCAAUUCACCUCGCCCCCCGUUGUCUCGCUGGUCACCGCCGAGGGCCCCGCCCGGGUGGAGGUCGAGCUCGACGGGGGCCCCAUCGGCGCGGGGCCGAGUUUGGGGUUCACGCUGGGCACCUCUGACAUCACCGACGCUCUUCCACCGCUUCAGGAUCGACCCGGAGUUGUCGGGCGACUUCCGCCUGCAGACCGUGCCUGCCAGCGAGGUCGGCAUUACGGGCGUGGAGAGCAGAGGAAACGAAAUCUGCGAGGAAAGACGAGAAAGGAGGACUUGGACCUUGGUAAUGGUAGCGGGUAAGUCGAGCCCAUGCCCAGGCCUCUGGCAGCCCCGGGGUGCGGCCGGCCCAGGACCAUCGGAUUGUGAUCCAAUCGUUUCUUAGACCAAUUGUCCCUGCCUUCCCCCCUCCUGGAGGAGAAGCGCCAGGAGCGUGGAGCGGUCUGGAGACUACCGUGUUGCGAGUUCGUUCCAAUGAGCGGAGGGCGCCUCGGCUCCAACAGGCGACAUCUGAAGGGUGCGCAGGGCGGGCCGCGUGCCCUUCCAUCGGAGGGCGAUGGCUAU